AUGCAAUUGUAUCAUCAUCCAUUUGAUUUGGACAGCCAGAGGGUGAGACUUGCGUUGGAGGAGAAAAGCAUUGAUUAUACAUCACACCAUGUCAAUCCCGUAACUGGCAAGAACUUGGAUUCUUCAUUCUUCAAGAUGAAUCCCGGUGGAAGACUGCCAGUUUUCCAAAACGGCUCCCACAUCCUUUACAAGACUAUUGAUAUAAUCCAGUACAUAGAAAGAAUUGCUGUGUUCUCCUCUGGGUCUGAAAAUAUCAGUAGCAGUAGCAAGGAGGUGAUUGAAUGGAUGCAGAAGAUACAAGAGUGGAAUCCUAAGUAUUUUUCCCUUUUUCAUGUACCAGAGAAAUACAGGAUAUAUGUUUCUAAGUUCUUAAGGAGAGUGGUGAUUGCUCGAAUGUCUGAGUCUCCCGAAUUAGCCGGUGCUUACCAUAGGAAGUUAAAAGAAGCCUAUCAGACUGAAGAGAAAUUGAAAGAGUCAGAUGUGUUGAUAAGGAGCAAGGAGCAUUUGAUCAGACUGCUUGAUGAAGCAGAGAAUCAGCUGAGUGAAACGCCUUAUUUAGCAGGUCAAGAGUUUACUAUGGCUGAUGUGAUGCUCAUUCCAGUUCUGUCUCGUUUAGUACUCUUGGAAUUAGAGAAUGAGUACAUAACUGGGAGGCCAAAUAUUGCUGAGUAUUGGGUUUUGGUUCAGCAGAGGCCUAGUUAUAGGAAGGUGAUUGGUAGGUAUUUUGAUGGUUGGAAAAAGCACAAGACAUUGUUAAAAACUUGGUGCUUUGUUCGUGUUAGAAGUUUCCUGAAGAGAUAUUAG